CCAUCACCCACAGACCAGAUCUUCAGCGAAAGAGAAGAAGUACGUAGCCAUGACUGAAAAGCAAGAGGUGAGGCUUUUUGGAAUCGUGGGUAGCCCAGAGACGACGAGUGUAGAGAUAGCUCUGAAACUCAAGGGAGUGGAAUAUGAAUACGUCCAUGAGUCGCCCACCAACAAAAGUGAUCUUCUUCUCCAGUACAACCCAGUUUACAAGAAGGUCCCUGUGCUCGUUCACCACGAAAAGCCCGUAUGUGACUCUCUUGUGAUUCUUCAAUAUGUUGAUGAGACCUGGAAAUCUCAUCCCAUCUUGCCUUCUGAUCCUUACCACGCAGCCUUGUCUCGUUUCUGGUCCAAGUUCAUCGACGACAAGGUGAUACCUGCAAUAUUCAAAGCAGCCUUGAACCCUGACGAGAAGGAGAGAGAGAAAGGCAAGGAAGAAGUAUCGGAGGCUCUGCAGAUAAUGGAAAAUGAGCUGAGAGGCAAGUUCUUCCAUGGAGAUUCAAUUGGGAUUGUGGACAUUGCUGCUGUGUACGUUGCUUUCUGGCUGCCAAUAAUUCAAGAAGCUUGUGGCCUUCAUCUAUUCAGCUCCGAGAAAUUUCCCAAGCUUGAGAAAUGGAGUCGUGAUUUUCUGGACCUUCCUUACGUGAAACCCACUUUGCCUCCCAGAGAAAAGCCUCUUGCUUACUACAAAAAUCUCUUUCAGAGCCUUGCUUCUUCCACGUAGAUGAACAGGGCAUGUAAUGUUACCAGUGAUGCAUUUUUGACUGAGUCAGUUAAUUAUUGAGUGUUAUAAUUUCAUGUCAAGAUAAAAUUUAUAUGCAUCUUAGCGUGAGGCUAGCUCCAGUGUUAAAAGUGACACUUGAUAAGGACUUGAAAAUAAUGUGCAUCCUAGGGUUUUCUUGGUGGUUAAGUGCUAAUUGGUUUAUUGUGUCAUGUUCA